GCAAUUUUAUUAAAGUGAACAAAUUUAAAUAACAUUUAUGUCUACAUAAAUUUUAUUAAAAAUUGUAUGAAAUGACAUUAAUUUGGAUUUUAGUUUGGGUUUAAUUUUGUCAGUCACGUGACUUAUGGGAAGUACCGACAUAUUUAUUUGCAGUUGAUAAUCACAGUGUAUUGCGGUAUGUUUGUUGUGCCAGUGUUCUUUACUUUCACCGAGAUCGGUUUUCUUUAAUGAAUAAGAGAUCAAAUACUCGUUGUUCAACAUGUACAUCAAAUACAUGUUUAUACUGUUGUUAUUGAGCUGUGAUAGUGUUCAUUUGUUAGGAAUUAGAGAACUGGAUGAAAUAUUCAACGGCGAUGAGUGUAUUGAAGGUGAAUUCACGUUGGAAAAGUUGGAAACUGCCGCAGAUUCUGAGAGUGAAUAUAUUAUUCCGUCAAGUAAUUUAAUACUUCUGAAGACGCAGGGAAUUAAUUUAGCUUCAAAGGCGACGGAAGAUACAUCUAUGUUGGUCGAACUGAAAAAAAUCGCCCAAGAAGAAAAAAACACUUUAAAUAUAAUCAACGAAUUGGCGCAACUCAAUAAAAUUUCAAUCGAAUUUAUUCUCAUUGCGGAAGUGGGCGAACCUCACGAAAGAACUUAUCGCGUUCGACUAAACCUCGGCGACGAAGUUUACAUUGCAUCGGCGAGGCAAAUUAAAGCAGCGAAACGUAAAGCGGCACUAAACGCAUUAGCGAAUACAAAAUACGAACGCCCACCGACCAAGACACCUGAGCAAAUCAAGCGUGACGUUCAACAAUUAACACCAACCGUUUACUUGAAUAGCAUCGCCGGAAAACUGGGCAUGAAAGUCGAAUAUUACAACGAUGCUGGUAAUGUCCUCAUCGAUUCCAGUGACAAGUAUGUUUAUUAUUCGUUGGAUUCAACAUCGCGCGAUUACAUGAGCGAACUUAACUCAACUUUUCCGGCUGGUCUCAAGGCGCGCGGUGUGGAAAACGAAGUACACCACGGCCCGUUUCGCGUGCGCGUCGACGUGGGCGACGAGAGCUUUAUCGGCACCGGCUGGACCAUACAGUCGGCGAGACACGAUGCCGCGGAAAAAGCACUCGAAAAGUUUCGAAAAAUGUCCCUGCAGGACGCCGAUGAAUGCUUAACUAGCGGCCAGUUGUGCAACAAGUUGAAUAUAAAAUCACCGAUUUCAUUACUCCACGAAACGGCAGCGAAACAUCAAUGGGACCUCGCCUUUGAUGUUAUCAGCGAGUCGGGGCCAGCGCACAAGAAGUUAUUCGUGACGCGUUGCAAGAUGUCCGAUUUAACUACGGAAGGAGAAGGUUCAUCGAAAAAGGAAUCGAAGCGGAAGGCAGCCGAGGCGAUGCUAAAGAUGUUGGAAAAUGUCCAGCCGUGGGACUUGAUUAACGUGCGAGGUGUCGAAAAGGAAAAAACGCAAAAGAAUAAGAAGAAGAACAAAAUCACUCGACCGGACAUGCUGCGGCAGGCGACAAUGAAUGUGGUAGAUGCGUUUGCGACAAUAGCUGUCAACGACGGAAGCGACGGAAGCUCAAAAAGUGAUAAUGCGAAUGAGAAAGGUCCCAAAGGUGACUUGUUGACCCUGGGGAGGGAUAUUGGCAUCGGCGUUCGUUUUUCGUCCUAUCUUGCUGAAGAUGACGAUCAGUACGGAAGUUUGGUCAGUUUGGAUACGAACCCAGGGUAUCACUGUUACAGUAAGGACCUGUCAGCGCAGCAGGCGGAAGAAAAUGCCGCAUUAAGUGCGUUAAAAUUUCUCAAACACGUUGGACUCGAUAAUAUCAUGAUACCGUUAAAAAUCCCGAAGGGAAGAAAAUUAUAUUAUUGGAAAAUACAAUCAAUGAACGUGAAAAACUAAACAGUAAGCAAUUCUAAUCCUCUUUUUUACAAAUUACGAUGUUCACUUUUGGUACAAACAUCUUGACGUACAUAUUACAAACAUCUACAUAGAAUAAAACGAAAUGUUUUUAACUUUUUAA